CCAAAAUUUCAAAAAAUUAAAAAUAAAAAAAUAAAAAUAAAGCAGUAAAAUUAAUUCUUUUUGUUCAGCAUACAUAAACAUUUAGUGGGUUAGUGAGAGAAAGAGAGAGAGAGUUAGAGAGAGAGAGAGAGAGAGCGAGAGAGAGAUGGGUUCUUAUGGAAUGCUUGCGAAGAGGGCUGUGCUUACUAAUACCCCUGUUAUGGUUCAGAUACAAGAGCUGAUCCGAGGUGUGAAAGAUUGUGUUUCUUUGGCCCAGGGAGUAGUGUACUGGCAACCGCCGAAGCAGGCGUUGGAAAAAGUGCAAGAACUCGUAUGGGAGCCUUCUGUGAGUCGUUACGGUGCCGACGAAGGCCUUCCCGAGCUGAGGGAGGCCUUAUUGAAAAAGCUACGUCAAGAAAACAAUUUAAACAAGUCCUCUGUGAUGGUGACUGCCGGGGCAAAUCAGGCUUUUGUGAACAUUGUUCUUACAUUAUGCGAUGCUGGAGAUUCUGUUGUCAUGUUUGCACCGUACUACUUCAAUUCAUACAUGUCGUUCCAGAUGACCGGUGUGACCGACAUUCUAGUGGGUCCCGGUGACCCACAAACACUUUAUCCCGAUGCAGACUGGUUAGAGAAGACAUUACUGCAAACGAAACCAACUCCAAAGCUCGUAAGUGUUGUGAAUCCCGGCAAUCCAUCGGGAACCUACAUCCCUGAGCCUCUUCUACAGAGGAUAUCAAAUAUCUGCAAAAAUGCUGGAUGCUGGCUUGUCAUCGACAAUACUUACGAGUAUUUCAUGUACGAUGGUAGAAAGCAUGCGUGCUUAGAGGACAAUCAUAUAGUCAACAUAUUUUCGUUUUCCAAGGCUUAUGGGAUGAUGGGAUGGCGAGUCGGAUAUAUUGCGUUUCCUUCGGAAGUGGAAGGUUUUGCGGCCCAACUCCUUAAAGUCCAAGACAACAUACCGAUCUGCGCGUCCAUAAUAAGCCAACGCCUCGCCCUCCACUCUCUAGAAAUGGGGCCCACGUGGGUCACAGAUAAAGUCAAAGACCUAGUCAAGAACCGGGAGCUUCUUCUAGAAGCUUUGUCCCCGUUGGGGAAAGAAUCUGUGAAGGGGGGCGAGGGGGCGAUUUACUUGUGGGCGAAGCUUCCGGAAGAAUAUAAAGACGACUUUGAAGUUGUGCGUUGGUUGGCUAAGAAACACGGGGUUGUCUUGAUACCGGGUUGUUCGAGCGGUUGUCCUGGUUACGUUAGAAUCUCGUUCGGUGGGUUGGUUGAAGAUCAGUGCCGUUUUGCUUCCGAGAGGCUUAAACGAGGGUUGGAAGAGCUUGUGAGUCAAGGAAUGGUGCCGUGAUUUGGAACUUUUUUUUUUCGAUUUUCGUUGAAUUGUUUAUCGUUUUAGAUUUUUCGGUCUUUUGUGCUUUUACCAAUUAAUUGUGAGAUAGAAAUAAAUUUGUCUUUGGGUGAUCUUGUUAUAAAUGAAAAGACUUUUUAUUUUUUUAUAUA